AUGGCCUACCCCAAAGGACUCAACCUCUUGCGUAGGUUCACAAGUUGUGAUAUUGGCGAUGCCUUGGUCAAAUUGAGAUAUCCCUACGGUGGGUUUCUAGAUGGCAUUCGCAUCUUUUCUCCGGACUCUGAAGCUCGCGUCAUUGGCCCAGCUGUGACUAUUAAGAUGGUCGAGUCCAGCGAUGCAUCCGCCCCGGUAUUAGACAAACAAUUUGUCGAUCACAACCAAGACGGGGGCAUCAUGUAUAUCCAACAACCCAAAGGGCUACCAUCAGCUUGCUGGGGUGGAUUAAUGUCAACCAGAGCACAGUACCUGGGGGCUAAAGCUGUUGUUAUUGAUGGCCGCAUGAGGGACAUCAAUGAGCACAAGGAAAUGAAGUUCCCCGUAUUUGCUCGUGGUCAAUCGAUCUUAGGCUCAAAUACAUUUACUAGGGCGUCCCUGGUUAACGUUCCUCUUCAAUUCAAGCGCGAUUUAUGGGUCAACCCAGGCGACGUGCUUGUGGGAGAUGCUGAUGGCGUCGUCGUUGUGCCUCCAUCAUUGAUCGAGCGCGUUGCUGAAUUAUGUCAAGAAAGGGCUGAGGUAGAUGAAAAAAUGAUUGCGGAGCUCAGGAAGGGGGCUGCUAUGGGAGAGCUUAUUAAGACGAUCCGUAAGAACAAGUAA